UCUGUGAUUGGACGAAAUCAACAUUUCAAACCAAGACGGAGCUCGCUGAUUGGUUAUAACGCUGGACCGUAGCGCGCUAUCGCUGAAGUGGGCAUCAUUGUGUUUUCCCUCCGUUUCAAGCGAAAAGAGAAGAAGCUCGUCUGACGAUAUGGCAGGAGGAAAGGCUGGAAAGGACAGCGGAAAAGCCAAGGCGAAAGCAGUCUCCAGAUCACAAAGAGCUGGUCUGCAGUUCCCCGUAGGUCGUAUCCACAGGCACCUGAAGACCCGAACCACCAGCCACGGUCGCGUUGGAGCCACAGCAGCCGUGUACAGCGCAGCUAUCUUGGAGUACCUGACUGCUGAGGUGUUGGAGUUGGCUGGAAAUGCCUCUAAGGAUCUGAAGGUGAAGCGUAUCACUCCAAGGCAUUUACAGCUGGCCAUUCGUGGUGACGAGGAGUUGGAUUCGCUUAUCAAAGCCACCAUUGCCGGCGGAGGUGUGAUUCCACACAUCCACAAGUCUCUGAUCGGAAAGAAGGGCCAGCAGAAAACUGUAUAAGAUGCAUUGAUGUUCGACUCUGUCCUUGUAUAGUAACGGCAAUCAGCAUUGAGAAAGCAGUGGUUUUUGUGUUAUGUUUCCCCAUUUUGUUUGGUUAUGUUUUGUAAGUGUAGUUUAACAUGACUGCGGUUAGAGUUUGAUGUACUGUGUCCAUGAUUAUAAUGGGGGGCUGUUACGUAUUCUGGGGUAAAGGAAAACUAAUUUGCCUUUUUGUUUAGUUGGGUUAAGGCAGAGGUCUUCAACCCUGCUCCUGGGGACCCACUGUCCUGCAAAGUUUAUUUCCAACCUACUUCAGCACUACUGCCUGCGUGUUUUCAAGCGAGCUUCAGGUGUGUUUGAUUAGGGUCAGGACUGAACUCUGCAGGGCAGUGGCUCUCCAGGAGCAGGGUUCAAGACCUCUGGGUUAAGGAGUAGGUUCUGGGGUUUUGUGAGGUGUGGGUUUCAUUAUUGGCUUUUUAAAGUCUUGUUUUAUACAAUAAAAUACUUUUUUUUCCCUUUUUUCUAAA